ACACUAAACAUAUAAAACUUUUUUAGCAUUCGUAAUCCUACGUUUAUUAUUCAAAGUGUCAAACCAUAUUUUAUACUAUCGCUGGUUAAUCAUCAUAGACCAUUUCUAAUAUUAAAAAAAAAUAUCAUAGAACAUGAUUAGUAGAGAGUCAAAUACAAACAGUUGGUCCACACCACAUAUCCAUGGGACCUAUUCGCCUUCACCUACAACUACUAGUUCUAUUCGAUCAUGUGCAUCUCUCUCUCUAUGACUAUAUAUAAUAUAUACACACACUGGAAAUGGAAGUUGAAAGGUGAAGAGAAUAUACAAAGAACUACUUCCUAGCUCCAUCAUCAUCACGAUGUCUGCUUCUUGCGACUCUGAUAGAGUAACGAGACAGGUAAUCAAGAAUGUUUUAGCAAAGCUUCAGAAAGAAGGCGAAGGUGCUCUCGUUAGGAACGGCAUCACAGAGAUUCACCAGGCGUUAUUGGACCCCUUCGUGCUGCUAGUUGAUUUUUCAUUUUCGCUUACAGCUGGAUUCGCAGAUCAUCCCCACCGAGGUUUUGAAAGUGUUACUUACAUGCUAAAAGGAGGUAUCAUUCACAAAUAUCUCAAAGGCAAUGAAAGUACAAUCAAAGCCGGAGAUGUUCAGUGGAUGACAGCAGGAAGAGGAAUCAUUCAUUCCGAGUUUCCAGAAGAAGAAGUCAACAAUGGCUUACAGCUUUGGAUCAACCUUCCUUCCAUACACAGAAUGAUCGAGCCAAAGAACCUAGAACUGUCAAGCUUAGAGAUUCCAAGAGCAGAGAAAGAUGGAGUAGAGGUCAAAGUCAUAGCCGGAGAUUCAUUGGGAAUCAAAUCUCCUUACUACACAACAACACCAAUCAUGUUCCUUGACUUUACCCUCAAGCCAGGAUCUCAAACCCACCAGACCGUACCAGAAUCUUGGACCGCUUUCGCCUACAUUCUAGAGGGUGAUGAGGGUGUGUUCGGUUCCUUGAACUCUUUGGCUAUUCAGGCGCACUAUGUUGUUGUGUUUGGACCAGGGGAUUUAGUUAGCGUGUGGAACAAGUCAACCUCUAGGGCAUUGAGGUUUCUGUUGAUUGCAGGGGAACCGAUCGGUGAGCCUUUGGUUCAGUGUGGUCCGUUUGUGAUGAGUUCACAGGAUGAAAUCGAUAUGGCUUUUGAGGACUAUCGGAAUGCUAAGAACGGGUUUGAACUGGCUAAGAGUAGCUAAGAGGUCACAUAGAAAAUAGUUUGUAAACAAAAACCAUACGAAUUUUUUUUGGUUUUUUUUUUCUUUUUUCACAUUCAAGAUGAGAUCAAUGUUAGGGGAAUAGUAACAAUUCUCUUUUUCAGAAAGUUAAUAAGAAAUGUUCAUAUAUGACUUCAA